AUGAACAUUUUCGUCUCCUCAAUCGAUUCGGUCGAAGAAACAACAAUGGAUUUCGGCCUUACUUAUAUCCUACGAAUGGAGUGGCAAGAUCCGAGGAUGCUCUUUUCCUAUAUUCCUGGCGAAAAAACCUUCCGAAAUCGAACAAUUCUCAACUUCGACUUGAAAGUUCUCGACAAACUCUGGAUCCCAGACGUCCAGUUCGAGUGGCUCGAAGACGCGAUCAAUGUUCGAAAAAUCGAGCUCCCACAACAUACGCUGGAGGGGCUGCACAUUGGAAAGUGCCAAUGUGCUCGGGGAAGCUUUUCUUGCGUCGAGGCGAAGUUCUUUCUUUCCCGGCAAAUGGGCUACUACCUGAUUCAGGCGUAUAUUCCAACAAUGCUUAUUGUGAUGCUUAGUUGGAUAAGCUUUUGGAUUUCGAUUACGGCGACUCCAGCUAGAGUUUCUCUCGGAAUUACGACAGUCUUGACCAUCACUUCGCAGCGAUCUGCGUUAUCAAAAGCGCUGCCAAUGGUUUCGUAUGUCAUGUCUAUCGAUAUUUGGAUGUCGAUCUGCAUGGCUUACGUCUUCGCCGCGGUGGUUGAAUAUGCGAUCGCGAACUUCAUCAAUAAACCAGAUAUUGACAGGAUUGCGCGGCGGGCGUUUCCGCUCAGUUUCAUGCUUGUUAGUCUUACAUACUACUCCUACUACACUUUCUGCGCCAACGAGCUGCCUCAACUGAUGGAGCAAGUGACCCAUAUUGUCGGAGAAGAUGGAAUUCGAAAAAUCAAAGAAUUCACAAACUCUUGA